GUCAUUCGGAAAGGAACUAGAAAAAGUUCCAAAUCUGAGUUUGAUAGGUACCUUGAGGAGGAGGAGGAGGAGGAGGAGGAGGAUGAUGAGGAGGUUACACGAGCAAUGGUGAGUUCUGAAGAUGAUGAGUGUAAGUUUGACAUCUUGGGAUGGUGGUCGCGAAGUGGGAUGAAAUAUCCUAUUAUUUCUGAAAUGGCUAGGGAUAUUCUCGCUGUUCCUAUUUUCACGGUUGCUUCUGAGUCGGCAUUCAGUACAGGAGGUCGAGUUUUAGAUUCGUUUAGGACCUCCUUAUUCCCUGAAGUUAUGGAGGCUUUGAUUUGCUGUGAAGAUUGGAUAAGCUCUUCUGACUCUGAGUUGGUGGCUGAUGGAGAAGAUGAGGGUGAUAAAGUUGUAUUUCAGAAUGUAUUUGCAGCUUUUCAAACUCGAAGUGCAAGUGCACCUGCAGAACCUAGUGGAAGCUCACAUUCUGCCCAUGUUCUGAUCUCGAGUCCUACUGGGUCACAAGUCGAAGAAGAUUAUUUUUUAUGAGGAUUCUGAUGGGAAUGAUGAGACUUGUGUGGAUGUAGAGUCUGAUGAGGUGGAGUGAUGUUGAUUUCUAAUUUAUUUUAGACAAAUACAAUUAUUUACUUCUAUAUGUUCUUAUCAAUAUUGUUGAAUUGAUACCCAAUGUUGACAUUGUGGAUGUUAUUAGUCUUAAAUGUAUUACUGGAAGGAUAAAAUGUUGGUAAUACCAUUUGUAGUAUAAUGUUAUUAGGUGACAACUUAUAUAAAAGCCAAUAGGGGACAUAAAUACGAG